GCUUCUGUCAGUUUCACGAGAUGGCAUCUGAGAGUGGGAAAAGCUUUGCAAGGAGAGAUCGUCUCCUUGAGAUUGAGACAAAGGUACGAAGCUGGUGGGAUGAAAAAGAUGUAUUCAGGGCUGAACCUUGUGAAAAGCCUCCGGAACCAGGCGAAAAGUUUUUCGGAAACUUUCCGUUUCCAUAUAUGAAUGGUUUUUUGCAUCUUGGACAUGCAUUCUCGCUUUCCAAGCUUGAAUUUGCUGCAGCUUACCAUAGAUUAAAAGGUACAAAUGUCCUCUUGCCAUUUGCUUUCCACUGUACUGGUAUGCCCAUUAAGGCCUCUGCUGAUAAGCUUGCUCGCGAGAUCAAGCAGUUUGGGAAUCCACCUGUAUUUUCUAAUGAAGUAGAGCAGGCAAUACACCAAGAAACUGAGCCUGAAGACAACAAUGGUGCUGCACCUGCAUUACCUGAUAAAUUCAAGGGGAAGAAAUCUAAAGCCGUGUCAAAAUCUGGUGGCCAGGCAUAUCAGUGGGAGAUCAUGCGCAGUUUUGGCCUUUCAGAUAGUGAGAUAGCAGAAUUCCAGGAUCCAUAUAAAUGGUUGCACUACUUUCCUCCAUUGGCAAUGGAGGAUCUUAAGGCUUUUGGCUUGGGUUGUGACUGGAGGCGUUCCUUUGUCACCACAGAUGUCAACCCAUUCUUUGAUAGCUUUGUGAGGUGGCAGAUGAGAAAGUUGAAAUCAUUUGGAAAGAUUGUCAAGGAUCUCAGGUACACAAUAUACUCUCCCUUAGAUGGCCAACCAUGUGCAGAUCAUGAUCGGGCAACUGGUGAAGGUGUUCAACCACAAGAGUACACUAUUAUAAAAAUGGAGGUUGUGCCACCUUUCCCUCCAAAAUUGGGUCCUUUGGAGGGUAAAAGAGUUUUUCUGGGUGCUGCUACACUUAGGCCUGAGACAAUGUAUGGGCAAACAAAUGCGUGGGUACUGCCUGAUGGGAAAUAUGGAGCCUUUGAAAUCAAUGAAACUGACGUAUUUAUCCUCACUGAUAGAGCAGCACUUAAUCUGGCUUAUCAGAAUUUCUCCAAGAUACCUGAGAAGCCUUCUUGCUUGGUUGAGCUGACUGGUUAUGAUCUAAUCGGACUUCCCUUAAAGUCUCCGCUUUCAUUCAAUGAGGUCAUAUAUGCUCUUCCAAUGUUGACUAUCCUAACUGACAAAGGUACAGGGAUUGUUACUAGUGUUCCUAGUGACGCGCCUGAUGAUUACAUGGCUUUGCAUGAUUUGAAAUCAAAACCAGCUCUACGAGCAAAAUAUGGUGUAAAGGACGAAUGGGUAUUGCCCUUUGAUAUUGUUCCCAUCAUUAACAUUCCAGAAUUUGGAGAUAAGGCUGCUGAAAAUGUUUGCAUGGAUCUGAAAAUUAAAAGCCAGAAUGACAAGGAUAAGCUUGCAGAAGCGAAAAGGUUAACGUACUUGAGAGGAUUUACUGAAGGAACUAUGCUUGUUGGAGAAUUUGCAGGCAGGAGGGUCCAGGAAGUUAAGCCACUGAUCAAAACCAAGCUCAUUGAGACUGGUCUGGCAAUUAUGUACAGUGAGCCUGAGAAGCGUGUUAUGUCAAGGUCUGGUGAUGAAUGUGUUGUGGCUCUUACAGAUCAAUGGUACAUCACAUAUGGUGAACCAGAAUGGAAGAAAUUGGCUGAGGAAUGCUUGUCAAACAUGAAUCUCUACUCUGAUGAGACACGACAUGGCUUUGAGCACACCUUAAGCUGGCUAAAUCAGUGGGCUUGUUCUCGAUCCUUUGGACUUGGAACUCGUAUUCCAUGGGAUGAACAAUUCCUUGUUGAAUCAUUGUCUGAUUCCACUAUUUACAUGGCCUACUACACAGUUGCUCACCUAUUACACGAUGGAGACAUGUAUGGAUGUAGUACUUCACCAGUGCACCCUAGUCAGAUGACUGAUGAAGUAUGGGAUUUUAUUAUUUGUGGUGGUCCCUACCCCAAAUCAUCCACGAUCCCUUCACCAAUUCUUGGUAAGAUGAAGCAGGAGUUUGAAUAUUGGUACCCAUUUGAUCUUCGAGUCUCUGGUAAGGACCUCAUCCAGAAUCAUUUGACAUUUUCCAUAUAUAACCACACCGCAUUAAUGCCCAAGCAGCACUGGCCUCAGGGAUUUAGGUGUAAUGGCCAUAUUAUGCUCAAUUCUGAAAAGAUGUCCAAGUCAACAGGAAAUUUUAGGACACUGCGCCAGGCCAUUGAGGAAUUCUCAGCUGAUGCUACAAGAUUCUCUUUGGCUGACGCUGGGGAUGGUGUUGAUGAUGCAAAUUUUGUAUUUGAGACUGCAAAUGCAGCAAUCUUAAGGCUUACAAAAGAAAUUGCAUGGAUGGAAGAGGUUCUUGCUGCAGAAUCAUCUUUGAGAACAGGUCCUCCUUCUACUUAUGCUGAUAAAGUGUUUGAAAAUGAGAUGAAUAUUGCUGUUAGAAUGACUGGGCAGAAUUAUCAAGACUACAUGUUCCGGGAGGCCCUCAAAACUGGCUUUUACGACCUUCAGGCUGCUAGAGAUGAGUAUAGGUUCUCUUGUGGCAGUGCGGGUAUGAAUCGUGAUUUAGUGUGGCGCUUUAUGGACGUGCAGACUCGGCUGAUUACUCCAAUUUGCCCUCAUUAUGCUGAGUAUGUUUGGAGGGAGCUUUUGGAGAAGGAAGGUUUUGUAGUGAAAGCAGGUUGGCCAACUUCCAAUGAUCCAGAUUUAAGGCUUAAAAGUGCCAACAAAUAUUUGCAAGACUCAAUUGCUUUGAUGAGAAAGCUGCUACAGAAACAAAUUUUGGGUUCAAAGAAAGCCAAUAAAAAGGGGGCACCAGUUACGUCACUGACAGAGGGGAAAUUAAAAGGCUUGAUAUAUGUCAAUGAACAAUUUGAUGGAUGGAAAGCAGAGUGCUUGAGGAUCCUUCAAAGCAAAUUUGACAACAAUACCCAUACAUUUGCUCCAGACAAGGAUAUAUUGGAGGCCUUACAGAGGAGCACUGUUGGACAGGCUGCUAACUUCAAACAAACUCAAAAGCUCUGUAUGCCUUUCUUAAGGUUCAAAAAGGAUGAAGCAGUUGCACUAGGAGUGCAGGCUUUGGACUUGAGACUGCCAUUUGGAGAGAUUGAGGUUCUUCAGGAGAACUUAGAGUUGAUUAGGAGACAACUUGCUCUUGAAGAGGUGGAAGUAUUGUCUGCCUCCGACCCUGAUGCUGUUGCUAGGGCUGGUACUCAUGCCUCGCUUCUGAAUCAGAAUCCUCCAUCCCCUGGGAACCCAACUGCCAUCUUCUUGAGCAGGUAUGAAUAAUUGCUUUAUCAUAUAUGGCAACAGAGGAGUGUGAUUGCUUUUGAA